AUGGACCUUCACCAAGCCGCAAGGCGCGGCAGCGUUCUCGAUAUACAGUCUGCGAUUGAAGAAGGGUGCGACGUCAACACCCGUGACGAAGCCGGGAAGACCCCGCUCUGGUUCGCCGUACAGGAAGGGCAUUUAGAAGCAUGCAAAUUUCUGAUUGCUCGAGGAGCUAGUGUGGAAGAACAAAUCCACAACGUCCUCGAACUCGCAGUGCAAGAAGGAUAUGCCGAAAUUGUCGAACUACUGUGGCCACACUGCGAAGGAGAAAGACAAUAUCUUUGUUUAGAAACGGCUAUCUCACUAGGCUUUCAUGGAAUUGCAGAUUUCUUCAUCGAAACCCGGGCGUUCGAAUAUCAGCAUUCUCAAUCCAGUCAUCUUGAGAUGAUCCAAAGAUACGGAUUCCCCGCGCGUGAUAUUGCAGCUUUUCAGCAAUGGGAGAGGUUUAUCUUCGUUAGGCGCUUUGAGAAGCUUCCUCUGAAUCGUAUCUUUUUUGACUACGCCCUUCUUCUUGCUACGAAGGCCGAUCGCAAUGCUGGGCUUCGACUAGUUACUUUAUUACUUCAGGGCGACACCCCGUUGGCCAAUCCAAAUUGCAUCAUCAAAAUCGACGCGGAAAUUGAGACGCCUUUGACAAAUGCAGCUGAGAAGAACAAUCUGGAGAUACUGGAUAUUCUAGUGCAGCGGCCUGAUAUACAGCUGACAAGUCGUGGCAAGUAUGGCUGGCCGGCUUUUCUCCAUCUGCUGGCAACCCCCGACUUCAUCGACUCUGAAAAAGGCCGGAUCAUGGCACGAAUGCUGUCUAAUGAGCCUUUUCCUCAUUUCUUUCCAAUUGAUGACAGGGCAGCUCGUCUGGAAAUUGUGUUCCGAAACGCCCUUCGGCUUGAGGACAAUGUUAUGUUGAAAAGGCUUAUCGACCUUAUACACGGUGCUGCAGGGACUUCUAUUCUCCCGCUCUUGAUCAAAGCAAAUGACGCACAUGGUCUGAGGUGGUUAUUGAAUAGUGACGUACAAUUUUUCUACCCGCUCAACGAGAUACUACCGAUGGAGAUUGCGGAAGAAACACUAGCGGGGUUGUCCCAGGCAUCUAUGGAUCAAUCCCUGAUGAAGGAAUGGGCAGAUAAAGGCUUUGCUAACGCAACGUUGUGGAGCGCCCUUCGAUUCGACACAUGGAAAAGCCCAGCAUUUGAGAGCCUCCUUUCAUGCUCUUAUGUUGACCUAGACAAGCCAUUUCCUAGCACAAGGGGCUUGGGUGCAGGUGAGGCUAAUAUUGCUUCACCUCCUUUAAUCGGAAAUUCAACUGGAAAUUCAACCGGUCAGAAAAGGAAAUUCCAAUCUGGAUCCGCAGCCGACUCUCCUGGUUUGCAUGUGCCCCUCGGUCCGCCGGAUAGUGCUGUCCUCACAGACUAUCAAAUACAACUCAUUCUACUAGAACAAGCGAAUAAGAGGCGAUUGGCCAGAGAAGGAAAAGGAGAGCCGUCUAUAUUAAAAAGCCCUCUGGUCUGGGCCGCAGCCAAUCGGAAACCUCAGCUUGUGGAACUUCUUCUAUGCACUUCGCGCGUCGAUGUCAAUUCACAAGACUCCCUGAAUCAAACUUCUCUCAUGCACGCCAUUGCCGUCAAUGACCAGCAAACUGUGGAGAUUCUAUUGAAAAGCAAAGAUAUCGAUCUUAAUUUGCGAGACCAUGACGGUAGAACAGCUAUUUUUCACGCCACAGAGAUUGGAGACUUGCACAUCAUACGACUGCUCACUGAGACUCGAAGGGUGGACCUUUCCAUUCGUGAUUCCAAGGGUAAAACUGUCAUUGAUUUGGCAAAAAAAACCAAGAAUCAAAAUCUUGUAGCUGCGCUUACUCCUUGA